UUCUCAGGGGAAGGAGAUUUAGACGGCUAACCUAUUAGCCUAUAUUCUCUGAGCUAUGAUGAUAAACUCGGUGUCAGACGCGCUUGCAUCGAUCUUCCUGCUCGCGAGUCGCUGUCUUGUCGGAUGCGAAAAUCCGUCCUUCAUUACAAAUCUCACGAUACGGUUUCGAAACCAUUGCGCCAUGGCCGCCGAACAGCAGGUUGCUCAGGCCGCGAUGAAGGCAGCAGUUUCUAAUGACGACUGGAGGGCCAAACGUUUGUCAUUCGCGCAGAGAAACCCGAGGAAUUGUCCAGCUCUGAGUUAUUGGAAUACAAUGGAAUCUACACCGAGUAGCCGCCAUUUGCGGAGUGGCUAAUGUCACGCACGAGCGCAGCUAGUCCUGCGGCUAAACCAUGCUCGCACCACAACGUCUGUCUCCAGAUCAAUCGCAAUUUUUAUAGCGGUUGAAGAACCGACCGCCCCGGCUCCAUUCGACUUAAAAACAUUCCCGCAAAACCGAUCUUCCCGCGAAAAGGGUGCGACAACUUCUCUUGAGAUGU